AGUCCGCAUUUUUCUCUGUUGAUUGACAACACCGGGCCCGCUGGCAGUUCAGUGUUCCAGUCCUCCAUUGUACGAGACUCGCUGUCGCCUGCCGAUACCGCCAUACCUAUUAUCCUCACGCAGUCCUACGAUAGCUCGAAAUGAAGAACAACCACGUAUAGAUAUCCCAACAAACAUAAACAACAUUGUCCACGCUACCACGCGGUGCUCGGCCAUGGCCACCGUUGCGAUAGCCGGGCAUGAAGACAGCUACAACGAUGGUCUGCACGCGUCCGUCAGAGACUUGUCCGAUCCAUUCCUAGAUGACACUCAAUCACGACGUUUAUCACACGCCCACCGCUAUUCCAGUCUAAUUGAUCCUGAAUCGAUCACUUUGGGCGCAACCACAUCCCCCUCUCAGGCCAAACGAAGUAUCAUUGCACACAUAGCUGAGACGGAGCGCCGUCUCCACGAUACUCAGAAGCUGGGCCAGUCCCUCUUGCAACAACAGUCCGAGCUGAAUGAGAAGCUGCGGGAAGUGGAAGAACAGCAGGGAGAUGCGGAAAUCACGCCAGAAUUACGGCAGAGGCUGGCCGAUUUGGAAAAGGAACAUAAUGAUGUUGGGAAAGAAAUAGCAAGGGCCUUACUCGGCCCCAAAUCCAGGGCUGUCAGUGGAGAAGAUAAGCCCCCAGCUGAGCCAACUACACUUUCCAGUCAGGCUACAGCCUCGCCGACCAAAAUGACCGCUCCCAAUCGACGGCAACGUAAUCAACCAAGCAACCGAGCCGGCGACUUACAGUUUGCGGCAGACAUCAGUACGUCGCUUCUGGCUCAAGUGAGACAGCUGCAAAGCGCGGUGGCUGAACGAGAUGAACUCUUGAAGCAUGCCAACACUGAUAGAGAUCGCUUGGAACAUGAGACUCUGGUCCUCACCCAACGUUUGCGCGCUCUCGAUGAGAGCGAACAAAAGUACAAGGAUGAAAACUGGAACCUUGAAACUCAGACACACGAGUUGCUUGCUGCGUCUCGCGAGGCUGCUGACCGUGAGAAGAGAUUGAAUGCUGGUCUUGCAGCUGCUGUAGCUGAAAAGUCACGAUUGCAGAUUGAGAUGGACGAGAUACGGCUGGCUCAUGAGAAGCUCACAGAUGAACAUGCCACAGCACGAAAAGCACAUGAUUCGGAACUGCAUACCCUUCGCCGGACCAUUGACGUUGGAGAUAGUGAGAGAACCUCAUUGCAAGGCAAGAUCGACGAAUUGAAUGCGCAGAAUCAUGAGCUGGCACGGGCUGUCGCUGCACGUCUGCGUGAUCACCGUCCAGACUCACAGAUGCUUGCAGGUCAAGAUCAAGAUGAUGAAUUCGAGAACCUUGAGUCUCCCGAGCACUCUCCGCCUGCUUCCCCGACCAAAGCAACACCGCGUCAUGGCGGUUUAGAGUCUGAAACCCUCCGAAGUUCUCUGCACCAUGCUCACCGAAUGAUCCAAAACCUCAAGAAUAAUAUCCAUCGUGAGAAGACGGAGAAGAUCGAGCUCAAACGCAUGCUUCAGGAUGCUAGAGACGAGCUCGAACUGCGACGUGGAGACGGAUCUUUGGGUAGCGGUAGCAAAAGACAAAAGACCAAGUCAGAAGCCUUCAAGAAACCUCUCCGACCGGACAUGCUGGGAGGUACCCGACGCCCGCGAACUGAUAUUGAACUCGAAGAUGAAGACUGGGAGGACAAUCUUGCCGACACGCCUACCCAUGCACAAUUUCAGAAUCACUUGGCCGUGCCAAUGACUGCUGGAGGACGUUUUGCGGAUGUAAGCGAUGCAUAUCAGACAGCAAAUGAGACAGAAGGCGCAUUCGAGACCGCUGACGAAAGGCACACUACCGAAAGCGAGGACUUCCAAACAGGAGCAGAGAGUAUGGCAGGAGACAGCACGGAUGACUUGACCGAAACAGAGGACGCCGUAUCUCAGCUUCGCCGUCGACCAACUAAACUAUCCCUUGCUUCCAAGCCCGCUGGUGAUCGACAAUCAUAUAUGAGCACUGCUUCUACUUCCGCAGGAGAGGACGAAGACGAGGUCAAAACUCCAGUUCUCGCCCAGCCUUACAAGUUCCGCCUAAGAAAUGGUCGCAACUCAGUCGCGCGUCAAUCCAGAAUCCCUACGGAUGCCACGCCGACAAACCUCUACUCCGACGCAAUCUCUCAAGACUCUCCAGCCACUGCCAACAGUGAGCGUAGCCCGCCCGCUGCUGAGCAGAGUCUGUUUGCAGAACUUGGCGACCUUGAUGGAUCGUCCAACUUCGGCACUCCUGGUGGAGAGAGCACAGCUUCGGUAGCGUCUACCCCAGGCGGCCUUGGCUACACUCCUAGUAAGCAAGCAGCUUCGCAGUCGACGCCUUUGAGCGCUGUGAAGCCGACAAUGGUCGAUUCUUCUACGAUGACUGAGCCGUGGCGACCAGAACAGGAUCAUUCGGCAGGUGCGGUCCCGAUCCUGCCACAUGAAAGCCCUGAGCAGCCACGUUUUCUAUACCAAGACCAGGUGCAACCGUCAAAACCUUCAGACUUUCCUCUGCCUCCAAGCGUCGCAAGCUCACCUAUCAAACAUAUCGACAACGGUACACAGUACACCCCGCAGAGAACAUUCCAAGAAAGUCCAUUCAGAAACACUGCUUUCAUUACUCCACCGAAAACUGUAUGGGACGAAGCUCAGAGCCCAGAGGUGCUCCAUACCAGUGUUGAUGCCACGCAACAGCCACAAACACCUAAGCAGCUUGGUUACUCCGGCGUGCUGAUGCGCGACACAAAGCCUACCUCACCUGAAAGAACCCCUGAACCUGUCCAUCCAGAGAGUCUGGCCUUGUCCUCCAUCUAUUCCCAGAUCACCGCACCUGUUCAAACUCCAGAACAGAAGCGACCGGCCGGCGUGACUGCAUCCACUCAGGCUGACGAUCUGCCAAGCCGACCUCAUACAACAGAAAAGGUAGCGGUGACUGGAUUGUUUGCAACAGCAGCUGCUGCACUGGGCCUGUCGAAGUCGAAGGACAAUUCCGCCCCUGUGAUCGCCGAAGAUGAAACAAGUGAACCGCAAAAAACUUCGGAGAACAUGACAAGCGAGGCCAAUAUGCCGUUGAAAGAUGUGUCUGGCAACAGCGUUCCUGUCAGAGCUGCACUUCCUGCCAAAAUGGAAGAAACCGAGCAUGCUCAACGCCCUCCAAUGUCCAGCCAUGGCUCGCAAACACUUCUUACCGCUCAAGAAAUCGAAGAUGCACUACGGCGAAGGAAAGAACUUCCCGUGCCUUUAUCUCGAAACAAUGAGGGUGUAGAGAAUACAACCAGUCCGCUGAGCCCAGUGACACCAUAUGAGCAGUCUCAAUCACGCGGACCGAACGUUAUUACCACCAUGGCCCCGGACUCAGAGAUUGGCCAAGCCGUGCUACUUCCUUCGCCGACAAAGAGAACGUCGAGUACCCCUAUCCGACGUUUGUCUAGCAGCGCGGGUCAGCAUCCACCACUUCCUUCCGAUCACAAGGCCGCAAUCGCCAAGGCAGGCGGCAGAGUUGGCUCACCUGUCAAAGAACCCAACAAUUCAAGUCAUGUCUCGUCAAUCAUGGGACCACCUGCACUCCCUGCAUCCGCCAUGCGUCGCCCACGCACUCCGGGAGACUCCAUCCGCUCGCCGACUCGUGAAAGUAAUGUGCCGCGAACGUCCAGUGUCAGUCGUCACCAGCGUGGUACCAUCACAUCACAAAUGUCGCGUCGCUCUUCGGUUUCGUCUUUCGCAUCGGAACUGGACGAACGCUUCAACAUCCAAGCUAAUGGCCAGGUGGUGAACCAUGGAUUUGGUACAGAUCCAAGAAUCAUCCAAGCAAUCACACAGACGAUGAUAGGAGAGUUUCUGUGGAAGUAUACGCGCAAAGCAGGUCGAUCUGAGAUGUCUGAGACGCGACACCGACGAUAUUUCUGGAUCCAUCCUUAUACCAAGACACUGUACUGGUCUGAUCAGGAUCCUCAAACAGCAGGCAGAAAUGAACUCAAAGCAAAGAGCGUUUUGAUUGAAAGUGUCAAGGUGAUCCCUGACGACAACCCAAUGCCACCCGGGCUGCACCGAAAGAGUUUGGAGAUCAUCACUCCUGGACGGCGUGUCAGAUUUACUGCCAGCACAGGCCAGAGACAUGAGACUUGGUUCAAUGCUUUGAACUAUUUACUCACUCGCGCCGACGAUCCCAACGCUGGCACCUAUACAGCUGGAGGAAAUGAGAUCACUCGGGAGGAUGUCAAUGAGUUUAACGUGAAUGCCGGCGGAUAUGGUGCCACGCUUGCACCCACUCACAGUCGCAUGAGCCUUUCAAGCUACAACUCUCGAACAACCCAUAAUACCAACGACGUCCGUGGGUCGGUAAGCCAGGGACAAGGACUUACACCGGGUGUUAGUGCUACGACGAGCUCUGCACGCUUACCCCAAGCUACGGCUGCCGACUCAACUGUGAGGCGAAGUCGUGUAGAUCAAUCCCCGGAGAAAGACCGCACUGUGAGAGCCAAUAGUGUUAGCCGCUUUUCGCGCAUGAUAGGCUCUAUCACAGGACGAUCAGCCAGAAACAGUGAAGCCAACGCCCUCAGUGGAUACAGUGGUGAAGGUGCCAGCAUUUACGACGCAAGCCUUGUCAGCGACAAUCGCAAAGAUUCAGCUGAGGAGCUUCGGCGAGAGAUGCUAGCGCAAGAACAGAUGGGAUUCGGUGGCCUGGAGAAUGUUAGAGCAUGCUGCGAUGGAAAACACGACGUAUCAACGUUGAGUCAUCGGCAUGCAACGCCACAUGGACAUGGCCACCGAUCGACGCUGAGCAUGAGUCUACGUGGGACAGGCAGACGAGGUGGUUCUAUGACCCCUGGCACCGCCGCGGCAACGCCGACUCGGUAGUCGGCUGUGACUGACAGGGUCGACCGGGCGAGGCGAGCAAUGAGCAUUGAUGACUGACGUUGGUCUCUUUUCAAGCAUCGGGGUAAUGGUUUUCUGUCUGGAGGUUACUGUGGUCAAUGUACCGUGGCGUGGCGUUGAUUCAUCUACGUAUUCCACCUGGAUUGUGUGAAGGCGUACGGCAAGGACACUUUUUGCUGUUUGCAAAAGUCAUAGGGAUGGGCAUGCAAUGUAGUCUUCUCAUGCAUGGGAAGGUCAUGAAUUUCAUUUGUACCUCGAUAUCAGAAUGAAGUGAAUGUGUGCAUAUUACUUUAAUUAAUG